AUGCGGAACGCAGAUAUCGAUGCGGCGCCGCAACUGGACGCCGACAGCACCCGGGUGGCCCCGCUGGGCUCCUCCGCGUCACAGACCCGCAACAACGGCCCGCCGCAGCCGCUCCCGAUGACCGGCGGCGCCCCCCGCGCCCUACCCGACCGGCAUGCCGCCGCCCGGCACCAUCCUGAUCGACCCAACCACCGGCGCGCCGGUCAUGGUGGGCGCCUACCCGGGCCAGCUGACCUACAUUCGAUGGCCCCCAUGGCCGGCAUGCCGCCGCAGCCGCAGCUCUACCCGACCCUGCCCUACGGCUCGAUGCCGAUUCAGAACCAGGUCCCGGCGGACUACAACCCGUUCAUCGCGGCCGGCGGCGGUGGUCCGGUCUACGCCACCAUGCGCCCGCCCGGGUCCGAUGGCUACCCCACGGCAGCGUUCGGGUCGAUGUCGCUGGGUUCGUCGUCGUCGGGCGUAGGCGGUGGCGGUUCUCCUGUGCUCCAUCAGACCAUCCCCAGCCACAACCCAGCCUUCGCGCCUCCGCAGCAACCGCAGUCGCCGGCGUCAGCGCCCUACGCGACGAUGAGGCCGCAGCCGCCGCCGAAGCCACAGGGGUGGUCCACGGGCACGCUCCGACCGAGCAGUGGCGGCCAGCCGCCCCAGUAG